UGUCCAGCUGCACAGAGUAAUUCCGAGCUCCUUUCUCCUAGGGAGGCAAGUACGUGCAGGCGGUGAUUCAGUACGGGAAGAUCGUGACCUGGUUGGAGAUGGAGUACGGCUUGUCAGAGAAGGAAUCUAAAGCUUCAGAUGCCUUUCUGCUCGCCGCCUUCCUGAACCUGGCCAUGUGCUACCUGAAGCUCCGAGAAUACAUCAAAGCCGUGGAGUGCUGCGACAAGGCCCUGGGACUGGACCGCACCAACGAGAAGGGCUUGUACCGCAGGGGUGAGGCCCGUCUGCUCAUGAACGAGUUCCAGCUGGCCGAGGGCGACUUCGAGAGGGUGCUGGCGGUCAACCCCCAGAACAAGGCCGCGAGGCUGCAGAUCUCCGUGUGCCGGAAGAGGGGGAAGGAGCACAACGAGCGGGACCGCAAGACCUACGCCAACAUGUUCUCCAAGUUCGCAGAGCGGGACGCCAAGGAAGAGGCCAGUAAAGCAGUGGGCAAGAAGACAUUAGAAGGGGUCACCAAUCAACAAGGAACAGGAAGUCCUGCAAAGGAAGAAGGGCGAGCUAGAGACCACGUAUGACGCCACGCAAAGGAGGGAAGAGUCCUAAUGAACUCGGCCUGCUCCCCGGGCUUUCCCCAACUCAGGACUGACCGUGUUCAAUGUGCAGUUUGUCACAGUCUGUGUGAUUCUGGAAGCACAGGGCAAAACCAGUAGUCCCCACAAAGCCACACUCUGCUGCUGCCGCCCAGUGCUGCCAUUGAGGGGAGGUGAGGGACCACUGUGGGGACACAAACAGGUGGCCGUUGGUGUGGAGAGGUGGGGCCGGCAGCGGAAGUCCAGCUCAUUUCAGUUUAGGUCGGUGUCCACUGUGCAGUGCAGGGUUCCCGGAUGCUCCUGACCAUCGGGCUGUCUGUUAGGUGUCACGUGUGAUAGAAUUUCAGUAGCACUUCAGAAACCUGCAAAUGAAGGCCUCCUGAAUUCCUCCUUUCCUGCAGAUGGAUGGGGGAGAGGAGGGUGGAGCUCUGUGUGUUAAAUCACUGAAGUGCUGCGAAUGCGACUGUUGCAUUUUUAACCAGCAGAAGCCACAGUGGAGGGGCCUGCUGUCCCCUCAGCAGGGGACCUGCUGCUCAGGCCCACAGCAGCAUCACAGACUUGGCACCAAGAACCUCACAGGCCACUUGCUUGCAGACUUAGCCCCGCCCCCUCCUGAGUGGUCCCGCCCCCCUCUGAGCUGGCUUUCUACCACCCCUGCCUGUCCCUGAGGAGGAAUUCUGUCAUUCCUGAGACUCUCUUCAGCAAUGACAGGGAGCAGAGGGGUGUCUGGGUCAGUUUUCUGUGUUUUCGGUGAGGUUCUGAGAGGCCGAGGUGUGGAAAGAGCCAUCAGAAUCGUGCUUUUUUCCUUCAUCUGCUCCUUUUAGGAAACAAUGUUGACCGCAGUCCCGCUUGUCAGCCUCGCUGUUACUCAGUACCCGAUUUCCACACCAACCCUUGCUGUUCAGAAUGUACGACUUGCUCUUGUACCGUCUCUGACCAGGAGUGGAUGUAUUUACACGUCCACAAAGGACCCAUGCAGCUUUUUCUGUUGUCUUUUAAAACUUAC